AUGGGACGCCCGAUCGCAUCCGAGCACAACAAGAAGAUCGGCCUUACUUUUGCCAACAUUGUCACGGAAAAAGUCCCUGGAAAAGGCUCGCACAGCAUUAUUGAUCGUGCUGGCAAAUACUCAAUCUUCCGCGCUCUCAGCAUCUGCUGUCCAGCGUCCGUCCGUAAUGAAGAUCCUUAUGUUGGACGGCAUGGAAUGACAGAGAUCGAGUUCAACAAGCACUUGGAAAAGAACGGGUUUGUCAAAAUGCGCACCAGGAGCCCAUACUCAGAGGACUGGGAAGACACAGAGGAUUGCCGAAACGUUCAAGGUAUCCGUUACUUCUACACGGGCAGACGAUGGAGAAACCCCGCAGACAAGCAUGACCUUGAAAUCUUGGAACAAGGAUGGAAAGAGUGCUUGGCCCCCUCCACUGCGCUGAAGCUCGACCACUUUUUGAAUGUCUGCAUGGAAUUUCACAACGAAUGGAACAAGCUGACGUCACGGAAACGCAUGUCAUCGCUGACUUCUAGCGAGUGCUCUCCGAACAAGAAGCUUCGAACCCAUUCUCCGAUAUCGGAUCUCUCCAGCAAUUGUGGGGAAACGCAGAGCGAGCUGGAGGAGGAAGCGAUCUUCUACUUGAAUGCGAAGCAGGAGUUCGAAGUGGGGAACAAGGUCGAGUACGAUUCUUUCGUACUCACCAGUGAAACCAGUGGGGUGAGCGACGAGAUAGAAAUGCACCUGUCGGAGGUUGAAGGGUUGAAUGCGGAAACUCUCCAUAUGAUCGAACCGGUCACGAGGGACCCUGCACUAUGUCAGUCCAUGUCGACGAAGCGAAGCCGCUCUAUUGCCACAGGGCAGAUAGGACAGGCAGACAACAACACGUCCCUUGUGGACUUCAUUAACAAUCAUGAAGAGAUGGUUGGAAAACUUGAGGAAAACGACAUCCUCAGAAUCAUAUCUGACUUGGACGCGGAUUUCUAA